UUCAAAGUUCUAUUCUUAUCUCAUUGAAUUUGUUCUCACCAUGAACUCUGUUUCUGCCUAAUUACUCGGUUCCUUCGACCUGAUGAAGAAACACAUGCAUCAAUUCUCCACGCUGCUUAGGACUACGAUCGAUUCCGCAGAUCCGGAGGGGCAUAGAGAAGCAUGGAAAUCGCGACGAUCAUCUUCAACAAGGUUUCAUGAGUUCCUGGAAUGUGGCCUCCAGCCUUGGCGACGGAAAAAAUUGUUUUGUGGGGACAGAUAUAGGAGGGGAGGAGUGAAAACGAGGAGAUAGAGUUACACGUAAUUGAAGUCCUAAGACGGGCAGGUAGGCAAGUAGGACGCACUCUUCAUAAUCAAAGAUGGAAUAUCUGAAAGGUCGCGCCAAUGACUUGGUCAUUGCAUGUCUUCUCUUGGUGGGUCUUCUGUACAUUUUCUUCAACUCGACUCCAACAGGCACUCACCUCCUCUUUCAGCUCCAAGCCAAGAACACUCGUCCCUCCAUCGUUUCGGGAUCAAACGCAAUCGAGUACAGGGAUGAGCUUGAGGAAGCAUUGGCUAAGGCGUCAAGGCCAAACAAGACAGUGAUCAUAACGAUGGUGAACGAGGCUUAUGUAGAAGGGGAUAAGCCAAUGCUCGACUUGUUCUUGGACGGGUUUUGGCUGGGCGAGGACACGCGCACCCUAGUCGACAAUCUCUUAUUGGUGGCAAUCGACCAGAUGGCAUUCGAGCGAUGCUUGUUUCUGAGGCUUCACUGCUACAAGCUCCAAACAGAGAAUGAUUUAGCUGGAGAGAAAGUGUACAUGUCCCAGGACUUCAUCAAUAUGAUGUGGAGGCGAACUCUCUUUUUGGGCGACGUGCUCGAGCGAGGUUACAGCUUCAUUUUCACAGACACGGACGUGAUAUGGCUAAGAGACCCGUUCCCAAGGUUGAGCCCCGAAGACACCAUCGACCUCCAGAUCAGCAACGACCGGUUCAAUGGCGAUGAGUGGAGCCAAGCCAACCCCAUCAACACCGGCUUCUACAUGGUACGGUCCAACAACAAGACCGUCGCGCUCUUCCGCGAGUGGUAUCAGAGGAAGAACGCUUCCCUCGGGCUCAAGGAGCAGGACGUGCUGGACCGGAUGAUGCACGAGGGCGUGUUCGCGCAGUUGGGGCUGAGGGUGAGCUUCUUGGAGACGGCCCUGUUCAGCGGGUUCUGUGAAGACAGUAGGGACGUGAGGGUCGUGUCCACGGUUCAUGCCAACUGCUGUCGCACCAUCAAGGCCAAAGUGGCCGAUCUCACCAAAGUUGUCCAUGACUGGAAGAGGUUCAAGAGUAGUCCUCCUCUGGCCAAUGAUACGGCGCCGUUUGCUUGGUCGCGACACUCGGCUUGCGAGGAAUCGUGGCAUUAUUAGUCAGAGCUUCAGCAUUGCCUCGUGGUUAUUAGAUUCAUAUUUGAAGCAAUUGAUCGGUGAUUCUUGACUAUUGGAACUUUGCUCGAUUUGAUGAGCCACAUUAGGUGGCCUCAUGUAAUGCAUGGGCUCAACCGGAGCUUAUUCUAAUGUGUAUAUGAUAUAAGCAAAUUUCAUUUACCAACUACUUAAAUUUACCCACAAUAAUCUGAAAUUAGUGACCUUCUUAUUGUGUGAUUUAGCAAU